AUGGUAGUUUUAGGACAAGAACCAACAAUGUAUGAAUGCCGUGUUCUAUAUAUUGGUAGUGCUCCCCCUGUAGAAACUUUGAAAGGAUUAGACGCCGUUCAGGAACCGUUAAGACAACGGUAUCCUCAGAAUCUCGAGGAAGUGUCGGGUGUUGACGCUACAUUAUGUGUACUUCCUACAGCUCUUGAAAUGCGUUAUGUCUCCUCCGGCGAGGUUGUCCAGUUCCCAUUAGAGAAGUUAAGUAUAUGCGCAGGUGUUCGCGCUGUAAACGUUAUUGAUGGCAGCACAGGGCAACAAGUACGAAAGUUUGUCCCUGUUAAUAAUAUACAACAAGAGUCUAGCCACCCUGCCAUCUUUGCCGCUAUCAUUCGACGUACAAAAGGAAGACAAAUAGCAGAAUGUCACAUGUUUAUCUGCAACUCAACCAGGGAUGCACUACAUCUCGUUAAUGCUUCAGCUACAGCUAACAUGGCUUUUCGAAAACAACAUGGUCAAAGGGUUGAAACAUCAACACACGGAAAUGACGUCAUCGUUGUAAAAUCGGGAAUUGCCAAUGGUUACAGUGAUGGUGAGCAUGGUUCUACAGUAAAUUACGAGCCACAGUCAUACAGACAGCCGGACAUUGAAACUGUCCGCAUUGAUACUAAUGAAAGUAAUUUGGAAUCAAGGCAUUACCAGAUACAACAAUCGAGAGAAUCGGUUCCGGAACCAGAAACUAUCUAUAUAACUUUCGAUAAAAGCAACCUUAAACCGAAAGGUGAUGGCAAUAUGGAGGUCACACACAAUGUUCGUCAAACACGACGUAGUGAGGAGCAUAUCAGACCAACAUAUAUUGAAGCUCCGGUUCCCGCCCCAGUACCAGUAUUUAGACCAAUGUAUAUGAAUGGUCCACCUCCUCGCCCAAAUUACGCAAUACGACACAUCGCUCCACCACCACCACAACCAGUCAUGAUGCAAAGGCCGGUACUUAUCAGAUCCCCUCCACCGCCACAACCAAUGAUGGUCCGACAACCACAGAGAAUGUACACCAAGAGAGUGAUUGCUCCUCCACCUCCGCCGCCGAGAUUUAUUUCCCAGCCUCCGAUGGUAGUUCGAUCCCGUGCACGUUCGGCUUCUCCGAUCGGCCGGUAUAAUUCAGAAAUACGCGCUCCUAAAAAGGGCACUUAUCAACCUAAGUGGGAGGGAAUCGGACGUCCAAAAAGUGACAUAGCAGCAACACGCAUGUCUAGACGUGACAUGUAUGAUUACCCUCCCCCACCACCCCCGAAUAUAGAGUUCUUCCAACAAGCUGGGUCUCCGAGGGAGAUGCACCUGAACGAGAGAGCUUUCUCACGCAGAAUGCAUGCUGAUAAUAGAAUAUCACGAGAGCAUCAUGGUUAUAAUUACCCGACAGCAUACGACCUACAUUCAGCAAUGCUGUACGACAGGCCGACAACAAAAUCUAACCCUCGAUACAGUAGUAGUUCAUCAGGCUCCUCGGACGAAGGCGGUAGAAAUAAUCGAUUAAGAAGCUCGAGGCGUUGA